AUGGUUGAAUACUUCGGAGAGCAGUUGUCUGGUUUUGCUUUCACUGCUAAUGGAUGGGUUCAAUCUUAUGGAUCUCGCUGUGUGAAGCCUCCAAUCAUCUAUGGUGAUGUUAGCCGUCCCAAAUCUGAGACUUGCUACCAGAUCGCUUUGUCUAUUAAGGAUGAAGUGGAAGACCUUGAGAAGGCUGGCGUCACUGUCAUCCAGAUUAACGAGGCUGCGUUGAGAGAGGGAUUUCCUCUUAGGAAAUCUGAGCAUGCUUUCUACUUGGACUGGGCUGUGCACUCCUUCAGAAUCACCAAUGUCGGAGUUCUAGAUACAAUGUUAAUGUAA